UUUCGAAGAAUUUUCAGUCUCACAUGGCAACAGAUGGGACGCCUUCCGCCUCUCCUCAACGGCCGCAGUAAGGCCGCCACGACUGAAUUCUUUUCUCGAAAUGGAUGGAAUGAGCGAGCGGGCCUUCGCGCUCCCCGCCAUUCCCUACGAUAGCACUUUCACUGUAUAAAUAUGGACUUCUCUACCUCGCAUCUAUCUCUGUGGUUCCCUGAUUACACGAGUUUAACCACUCUUACCUUGCGGCUCACAGCGCUUUCAACAGCACCUUCCAGCCAUGUCGGUAACUCUCGAUUCUCUGCCCAAGAAGGCUCAAAUUCUGGUCAUCGGUGGUGGACCAGGUGGUGCAUUCACUGCUGCUGCUCUUUCCCGGGAGGGGUUUGAGGUGGUAGUCCUUGAGAAGGCGAAGUUUCCUCGAUACCAUAUAGGCGAAAGUAUGCUGCCGUCCGUCCGUCCUUUCAUGAAGUUUAUAGACCUGGAGGAAACGAUCAUGAACCAUGGUUUUACCCCCAAGCCCGGCGCCGCGGUGAAAUUUGUUCAAUGGAAAAGGGAAGCUUACACGGAUUUCAUCUCUCUGGACCCCAACAAUGGCGCGUGGAACGUUGUCCGUUCGGAAUUCGACGAACUCAUCCUGAGGCAUGCCGCGAAGUGCGGGGCGAAAGUUUUCGAGGAAGUUACAGUCACCGAAAUCGAGUUCACGGAUAAUGACCCGACUAAGCGUCCCAUCGCUGUGACCUAUCGGACCAGGUCGAAGGAGUUCGGCCGCAUGGAAUAUGAUUACCUUGUCGAUGCUUCUGGUCGUGCUGGUCUGAUUUCGACAAGGUAUCUGAAGAACCGUGACAAGAACCUCACUCUUGACAAUGUCGCGUGCUGGGGCUAUUGGAAGGGCACGAAGCAGUAUAGGCCUGGAACGACGAGGCACAAUGCCCCCUGGUUCGAGGCUCUUACUGAUGAGACUGGCUGGAAUUGGUUCAUUCCUCUCCAUAACGGCACCACCAGCGUUGGUGUUGUUAUGAAUCAGGCGAAGAGCAACGAGCGGAAGAAGCGGGCCACCGAGGCCAACGGGGGCAAUCCUCGUUCACUGAAGGACCAUUAUCUUGAUUGCUUGAAGCUCACCCCUGGCCUCUGCGAGCUCCUUGGCGAGGCCGAACUCGUGGAUGAUGGAGUCCACCCUAUUGUUCAGGCGGCAGCCGACUUCAGCUACGCGGCCAAGUGCUAUUCUGGGGAUCAUUGGCGCUUGGUUGGGGAUGCCGCUGCUUUCAUCGACCCUUUCUUCUCUUCUGGUGUUCACCUUGCCUUCACGGACGGUUUGUCCGCUGCUGCUUCUAUAGCUUCCUCUAUUCGUGGCGACUUUCCGGAGGAGCAGUGUUGGCAUUACCACGAUAAGAAGGUCGGCACUGCCUACACUAGGUUCUCAUUGGUCGUCAUGAGUGCGUACAAGCAAAUGCUGGCUCAAUCUGAAGCGGUCCUUGCGGAUAUCAACUCCGACAACUUUGAUCGUGCAUUCGAUCUGAUCCGUCCUGUUAUCCAAGGUGCCGCGGAGACCGGGAAGACUUUGUCCGCAGAUGAGGUCAACAAGACUAUGGACUUCGUGCAGCAUGUGUUCGCGGCUACAGACCCGGAGAUGCACGAGGCCGUCGGCGCUCGGAUCGACCCCACCUUGUUCUCGCCUACCGGCAAGAUGCUCACACCCAAUCAAGUGGACGAGAUAUUCGGCGAAGACGAUGAGGAAGCGCGCGCCGUUGUGAAGGAAAUUAACGCGCGCAAGGCUGUCCACAUCAUGUAUGACACGGAGGCCAACUUCAGUAACGAGGACAUGGAUGGCCUUGCUGUACGUGUGAAGCACAGUAGUCUCGGAUUGAUCCGGGUCGAGGACAAGGAUGAGAAGGAGAGGAAAAAAGAACUCAUCAUCAUUGAUCGUUUGAUUGAGUCCGGGGCUCAGUCUACCGAGGUCGCUCCUACCCUGUACGGUCCUAAGCCUCUCACUGGCAUUGAGAGAGACGAGUUCGCACCGAUGGUCAACGGCUCUUCAACUAUCAUUGUCUAACUUAUUAACUCUCGAUGAGAUCAUGUCGGUAGGCUGGUUAUGUAGAUAUAAGUAGACUAUGUCAA